AUGGCUUCAAUUGGCGCAGUUACUAGGCAGAUUGCUGCUCUGGAGAUAUCCAACAAGCAAAAUACUGGGCCCGCCGUGGCAGCUCCAACGACGAAGCCAGCGCGACCAGGACACCAAAAGACGAUGAGCCAAACGAAGGUCUCGACACUACUGACGAAAUUCGCGCCACCUCCACCAUUUCCCGAGUCAAAGUCUACCAACUCGCUCAAACCUCCACCACCAAGUCAAUUGAAGACAGCUGCCUCUACAUCUGCGCUCGCGUCUACCUCGAAGGCGGCCACGAGAUCCGCUCCCAAAGUCCCUGCGGCGAAAGACAUUGACAUCGGUCAAUAUGACGAUGGCUUUGAGCGUGAUAACCUGAAGCGAGGGUCGAUUGUGUCCGGAGAGGCUGCGAAGAUACUUGCAUUGGAUUCGAGCGUUCAUGGUACACGACCCACGCGUGAAUGGCGCUUGAAGGAUCUCGAUAUUGGGAGGCCACUCGGAAAGGGCAAGUUCGGGCGUGUAUACAUGGUCAGGACGAAGAUCGAACCACAUUUCAUCCUCGCGCUCAAGUGCCAGUACAAGUCGGAGAUCGUUGAGAACAAGGUCGAGAAACAGAUACGACGUGAGAUUGAGAUCCAACAAAACCUGCGCCACCCGAAUGUACUCCGGCUGUACGGUUACUUCCAUGACGAGAAGCGGAUCUUCCUUAUGCUGGAGUUUGCUGCACAAGGAGAGCUAUAUAAACAGCUUACCAAGGCGCCAUAUCACUUCUCUGAGAGCCGCUCAAGUCGCUACAUUGAUCAAAUGGCCGAUGCGCUGAGUUACCUGCACGCCAAGCACGUCAUCCAUCGUGACAUCAAACCGGAGAACAUCCUCUUGGGGAUGAAUGGCGAAUUGAAGAUUGGCGACUUUGGAUGGUCCGUGCAUGCGCCAGGACUUCGCCGCAAGACAUUGUGCGGAACUCUGGACUAUCUCCCGCCGGAGAUGGUAGAACAUAAAGACCACAAUGAGAAAGUCGACCACUGGGCACUUGGUGUCCUUACGUACGAGUUCCUGGUAGGCAAGCCGCCGUUUGAGGAUCUCGAGGGCGGACAAUGGGGAACCUACAAGAAGAUUUCCCGAGUGAACUUCAACUUCCCUCGCGAUCGCGUCACCCCUGAGGCUAGGGAUCUGAUCACUAAGCUUCUGCGUUACGAUCCGGAUGAGCGACUACCUCUCGCAGAUGUACUCACACAUCCGUGGAUUCUCAAACACCGAAAGCCUCGGGCAUCUCGCCCCACUGCUGAGAAGUCCGCCACUACCGCGUGA